AUGGUGUCCUCUGGGGUUCAGGAUGAAAUCAACCAGCCUGUCGGCUACGAAACGCGCGAUGUGGAAAAGUCGAUGUCUCCAGAGCAGCAGGAGAAAUCAGAUGGCGCUCCCCUGGUUGUAUCCGACAAACUCGCCCGCCAGCUCUCUGCUCGCCAGGUCCAGAUGAUUGCGAUCGCGGGCACGAUUGGCACUGGUCUCUUCCUGGGGACUGGAAAGUCGCUGGCUACCGGUGGCCCUGGGUCGAUGUUGAUAUCCUACUCCAUCGUCGGAGCAAUUGUCUUUGUCACCAUGUUAUCACUCGGUGAAAUGGCGACGUUCAUCCCGAUUGCUGGGUCUUUCUGUACAUAUGCUGGACGUUUCGUGGACGAUGCCUUUGGCUUCGCGCUGACCUGGAACUACUGGUUCAACGAUGCGGUUGCAACGGCCGCAGAUCUAGUAGCCUUGCAGCUUCUCCUGAAGUACUGGACCGAUAAUUUUCCCGGAUGGGCAUUCAGCUUGAUCUUUCUUUUUAUAUUGGUCGGACUGAACAUCGUAUCAGUUCGAGCAUACGGUGAAAUGGAAUACUGGCUUAGUUUACUUAAAGUUGUCACGAUAGUUAUUUUCAUCAUUCUUGGAAUCGUCGUCAACUGCGGCGGGAAUGUGGAUCAUAAGUAUAUUGGCGGCAGCCUUUUCAAUAAAGGAGAUGCCCCCUUCGUUGGCGGAAUUGGUGGCUUUGCCUCCGUAUUCGUCACGGCCUCAUUCGCAUACGGAGGAACUGAAUCCAUCGCUAUCACGGCUGGAGAGACCAAGGACCCCACCCGCAACAUGCCAAAAGUAAUUCGCAACGUCUUCUGGCGAAUCCUGAUCUUCUACAUCCUCGCCAUCCUCAUGAUUGGCUUGAACGUCCCAUAUGACUUCCCAGGCCUUACCACCAAGGACUCCAGAACCUCUCCGUUCACCAUCGUCUUCCAGCAGGCAGGCAGCCGUAUCGCAGGCAGCUUCAUCAACGCUGUCAUCGUAACUAGCGUCCUCUCAGCUGGUAACCAUGCACUGUUCGCUGGCACGAGAUUGCUUUAUACCCUCGCCGUGAAUGGACACGGCCCUGCUAUUUUUGGAAAGCUUAAUCGAUGGAAGACCCCGUGGAUUGCUGUCAUAGGCACGUCUGCCAUAAGUGGGCUUUGCUUUGGAGCAAGUUAUAUCGGAGCUGGGCAGCUGUGGACUUGGCUACAGAAUAUCGUUGGCGUAUCCAAUCAACUCUCCUGGAUGGCCAUUGGAUACUCCUCCCUCCGUUUCCGCAAUGCCGUCCGCGUGCAAAAUCUCGAACAUCUCCUCCCCUUCAAAAACUGGACAUACCCUUGGGGACCCAUCCUAUCAAUCGGCCUUAACGGGCUUCUCAUCCUAGUUCAAGGCUGGUCAUGCUUUAGCCCCGAAUUUAAACCGGUUGACUUUGUCAGCUUUUAUAUCCAGAUACCAGUCCUAUUGCUAAUGUACUUAGUCUGGAAGUUUGUCGUGAAGAAAUCUAAACUUGUCAAGCUGGAAGAGAUGGAUUUGCUUACCGAUAGAUAUGAAGAGGCCCGCGUGGCGGGCGCAGCAGACUUGGGAGGCGCAUCUACUGCCGUGGAGGUAGACGAUGGCUCGAAUAAAUGGCAGGGUAAAUUAAAGAGGGCCGGACAAUGGGUGUUUUUGUGA